GUUUAGGGUCUCCUAAUACACUCCCCCUACACCCCAUUCGAACCCCCAAAGAGAUAAGAGAGCAAGGGAGUCCACACAACCCAAGAGAGAAAGAAGGAGGAGAGCAGUCCGCAGGUUCGUUCUUCAGUGCGUAGCUCUGAUUGUUUGAGCCAUAACUUGAGAUUUACUCAUCCAAAUAAGGCGUGCGAGAUACCAACAGAAAGCUCUCAAGACGAGGAACCCGUGAAGGUCUGGUUUGCAUCAAUCGGAGUAGUGGAAGGCUUCCAAAUCGACCGAGCAAAACACGACCUCGCAGAAUACGUUUUGUAUUCAAAGUUAGGGAACGAUUUCGUCGGGAGACACCCGUUCUAGGGACUGUUUUGUGCCUUCGGUUAGGAGUUGAACUAGCACUUUGAAGAGGCUGUUUAACACUCAAUUCCAAGCAAGGAAUCAGUCCUCAAUCUUCCUUGGCCGAGGCUUGGGUCAUUGGAUCGAGAAGGAAAGUUUUAAAGCUCAUUUGAGGUUGAGGCUAGAGCUUGCUUCCUGUGCUCGUUGCUCGAGAGAUCAUCUAGGAGCGAAGACUUGGUUCGUGCUUCCUCCAUUCGGAUUUUAAACAUUAAUAAACAUGCUCAUGGAUAUUUUACUACGGAGCCUGCGUGCUCAUGAAUAGCCCGGUGUGGCCUUUUUGUUUUAAACAAUGUUUUCCGCUGCAUUAUGAAUUACUUAUUAUGUUUGUUUAUGGAUGGCUUACGUGUGAAUGAUAUUCGAGACGCCUUGUAUAAUAUGAAUGUGUUGGACUGCGGUUGACUAUUCGUAUUGUACGGCGGGUUGUUGACGUGUCCGGGGAGGUCCGGGGCGUGACAAUUAAGUUGGUAUCAGAGCCUUAGUCCAUAAACUUCAUAACGAAGUCUCAAAAUUCCUUUUUUCAAAAUGAUUUUGAAAACCAUGAGCAUAGAAAAUGUUUUGUACUUAAGAACUUUUGGUGUUUGAGUUGCAAGGUCUCUAAUUGUUAAGAUGGCGCCCUUAACGAUUGGUAUGGCGGUGACUUGGCCCAAGAGAUGUCUUAAGUGCCUAUCUGUCAGUUGACAUUUGAAACGAGUCUAAUGACUCAUUCUAAUUAUUUCUUUCAGCGAUGGAGGGUGAUGGUGGUAUUAUGAAUAGGGAGAACUCGGAAGGGCUUGCACCGGGUGGAACCGGGCAUGCCAACCGAGAAAAGCCCUUAGGACCAAAGGUGCAUGAAAUUCUUGAAGCUCAAAUCGUGAGUGGUGGUCAUGUUAAGACCAAGGAAGAAUCACCUUGUUAUGGCAAAACUGAACCACUCAAGGCUUCGGGUGACGAAGGAGAUGAUUUGAGUGAUGAGGACCUUGAUAAUGCACCCAUUGAACAAAUGGGCAUGGUCAUAAAUUGGUUUCAACGUGAACGUGCUAGGCUUAUACAAAAACGGCAAGCUAGGCAAGCUAAGGACGCACCAUUAGGAAGGAAAAGAAAAUGGGGAGACCACGACCCCCAAGGACAUUCUAGGAGGACAAAUGUUGAGGGUGACAAAACCUUCGGGGCACACACAUUAUCGCUUGGGAGGAGUCGAGGCUCGGGUGGCCAGAGCUCGAGGUCAAAAGGUUCGAGAGUACCUAAGUGCACAAAUUGUAAGAAGCACCACCCGGGUAAGUGUUGGGACCCUCCUAGGUGCUACCGAUGCAGAGAGAUCGGGCACACGAAUGCGAAUUGCCCACAACUUGUACCCGACCAAACUUUGGGCUCAAGUAGUACGACUAUAGGCAUACGGAAUCAAGCCGGGACUUCACAAGCAUCCAGGGGGCAAGGGGGAGCAAGCGCAAGCAACGCGCCGUCCGUGAAUCAAGGAAGGACUCAAGCUAGGGUCUACGCGAUGACGGAGGCGGAUGCUCGAGCUAACCCGGAUUCCGUUGCAGGUUGAGGCUAGAGCUUGCUUCCUGUGCUCGUUGCUCGAGAGAUCAUCUAGGAGCGAAGACUUGGUUCGUGCUUCCUCCAUUCGGAUUUUAAACAUUAAUAAACAUGCUCAUGGAUAUUUUACUACGGAGCCUGCGUGCUCAUGAAUAGCCCGGUGUGGCCUUUUUGUUUUAAACAAUGUUUUCCGCUGCAUUAUGAAUUACUUAUUAUGUUUGUUUAUGGAUGGCUUACAUGUGAAUGAUA